GAAGAUUCGUAUUAUAUUUCGAUCGAGCCGCUCGAGAUCGUUUACACGAGUGUGAAAUACCGAUAGAGAAGAAAAGUCGGCUAUGACUUUUCGAGUUAUAAGUAUGAAUAUAUCUAGAUGUCAUGUGUGACAAGUGACAGCUAAUCAACGUCGCGCUUCAGCGGAAUUAAUAACGCAUCGCGAAAGGUGAUUGGCUACUUGUCAUUCUCCCAAGAACCUCCGAACAUUUCCGUUUACGUUCAUCGUUCGGUGAAAUUCGUUCAUAAACUUGUGUGGAUUCGCGUUCAUAUACAUAUAUGCGUAUACCUUAAAAAUACACGUAUAUACAUAUGUAUACGCGUAUGUAUAUGAAGGUAUGAUGGAGCUUCAGAAAUGGGAUCUUUGUGUUUAUUAAUAAUUUUCCACGACGUUGUGUGAAGUACGAAUCCAGAAACUUAUCGCAAUUAGCCGGUACGAUUAGGAACCGUCGACGAAGCUUUUUGUAAAUUUCUUUUACAUCCAACGAUUGCUUCCUACGGUUUCGAUUUGGAGAUUAAUCGUAGCGGCUCUCUCGAAACAUGCACAAGAAACGGGAGAUAUAAUCUUAUUAAAAUACGGUUCUGCGAUUAAUUGUUCGCCGAAGGUAUAGGAUAAGAUUUUUCAUACACUUCAAUUGUCAAAAUGGCUGCAUCCUUGUCAGCUUAUUGGGUGAAGUUUUUUAAAGGAGCUGGAUUUCCACAAGAUGUAGCCACUAAACAUGCAGUCGUAUUCUCCAAUAAUCGUAUUAAACCAGACAUGUUACCAGAUUUAGAUAAACCUAGUCUGAAAGAAAUGGGUAUUACGUUAAUGGGUGACAUGAUAGCUAUUUUGAGAUAUGCCAAGAAAGUUGUGGAAGAAACAACAUGCGAGAGAUUUUUAGUCGAUUCAGAAGAUGUAAUUUCAACUCCUAAAGUUACUUCUUGUAACCUGUUGAUGAAACAACCUGUUGUAAAGAAAGUAGUAAAAGAUACUGGAAGUAAGACGACGGUUUCAUUAGCUUCAAAAACAGAUCUUACAAAAAAGAUAAUUAAACCUCUAUCUACGACAACAAAAAAAAUUGUAACUGUAAAGAAACCAAUUUCUGUAUCGAAUACUAUUAAUCAAAAACAAACUACCGCUAUCAAAACUCCUAUCAAAAGAAAAUUAGUGUCAGAUGAAAUAUAUGAAGAUGACAAUGACGAUUGGGAUAUCGUAGAAAAGAAAGCCAAGGCAACAAAUGGCAAGGAUAACAGCAUUGACUAUACCAUAACUGUUCCAAAAUCAUCAAGUGUAAGAACUCCAGUACUUAAAAAAUCUGUCGAACAAAAGCGAACAGUAUUUGACAGAUUAGGUGACAGUUCUGUUACUAGCACAACCAAUUUAGCUGAUACAGCAACUACUUUCAACAUUACUGGUGUCAGCAAAGAUGUAUUCAAAAGAUCAACUAGUGUAUUCAAACGUCUUGGUGACAUAGAUGAUAAAAGAGAUCAUGUAGCUACUGCAGGAAUACUUAAAAAUGGAUCAGGAAUCACUAAUUCAACAGGUAUAUUGAAGAAUCGGAUAUCACCUACUGUACGUACAACGAUUGUAACGACCAAGAGAAUUAUACCCAAAACAACUGGUACUAUGCAUGCUGAUCAUGAAGCCAACAAAAAGAUUACUUUGAACAACAAAAACCGUAUACUUAAAUUGAAAAAAGAUGUAGUACUACCUAAUGUUACACCAAGCAGUGAAAGGAUCAACAAAUCUGCAGUUAUAUCUGGCAAAUUAGCUUCGGAGCGACUUAUCUCUAUACCAGCUAAGGCACGCCUUGGCACGACCACUGCCAAACAAGUGACUUUUAGUAAGGAGACGAAAAUGACACAUGUCAAGAAAGCAGACGUAUUCAGUCGUCUAGGCCUUUAAGCUGGGUAUUCUUUCUUUAUUCUCUCUUAUCAGUCGCGAGUGAAUAGCGAUCGAACUGUUUGUAUAAAAUAAUUCCCCCCAAUUGCAUCGACAUUGAUUAAUGCUAACGAAGGAUUAAUUUGAUUUCUUUUUUCUGUUAUGAUAUACAAGAUAUCGCUAAUCAGAGUCGCUUGCAAAACUACUGCGAGAGUGUUGUUGCAAAUAGUGCAUAUGGUGUAAAUAUAAUAAAAGAGACAUUGACGUUUUAUAUUUA